AUGAAAUUGCUUGGAGAGACUGAGAACAUAAAAAUGGACAGAAAGUUGUUAAAGCCUCAGGUAGAAAGACGAAGAAGAGAGAGGAUGAAUCGGAGUCUGGAUAACCUGAGGACUCUACUAAUGCAAGGCCCUGAGCACAAUAGUUCUACCCAACGAAGAAUGGAGAAAGCAGAAAUCCUGGAGUACACUGUCCUCUUUUUGCAAAACUCUGUCACUCAGGCCAAGAAAGCAAAGGAUGAGGAGGGACGAGAAAAACACCAGUUUAUCGAAGGCUUCUCAACAUGUCUUCAGAAAGCUGCCCGUUUCAUGAUAGAUGAAGGUGAGGCUCGUGGAAUGGAGGGUUCAAUAUCAGCCACACUGUGUCAACGCCUGAGCCAGCCCAGUGUGCCGGCCAACAUCAAGCUGCCUGUCAGAAUUCAGAACUCCUCCAGAAUUCAGGUUCCAGGUUCAACUGUACAGCAUGAUCUGCAUCUGCAGAAGCAGCAGCAGAAUUCGGUUUGCAAACAAGGGCUUUCAUCGGCUGGCAGGAACAUUGUGGUUCCGUUCAGAAGCACAGAACCAAGCACGAUGCAAAGUCAUGGAAAAACACAUACAGCAGCCCAGCCAACCUCCCAACACCAAGCACCAGUCAGUGAAACUGUCUGGAGACCUUGGCCUUAA